AUGAUGACCAUGCGCCCCUCGAAGUGCGCCUCGUUAACACCUCCAUGGACGAUGAUCUACAAAAUCUACGGCACCAGCUACACGCUGCUGAAUAAGAGACUCGCUGAUGGCGGUGAGCCCGACGCCACUAUCUUAACUUAUUUUCAUGAGCGGCAGGCGUUGUAUUUUACCAAGGAGGAAUACAAGGCUCUCUGGGGGGACGAGCCGAAUUCAGGGGAGAGGUUUGGUGUCGAAAAUAGCCGGGAGGAGCGUAGUAUCAAUGCGAGCAAGGAGCAGCUUGAGGAGGCUUUGGCCAGGAACCCGGCUGUUGGCAUUCAGAGUAUGCUUUAG